CGUGUUCCACGUCACGGAAGUCACAGAGAUGAUCCAUUAGCGCCCUAAAACCAAGCUGAAAACUUGCGUUAUCGGUCUUGUAAUGUUGCGGUACUUCACAGGAUACAGACUCAGGACUGUCUCGGUCUAAAAGAGAGCCGGUGUUGUCCGGAAACUCUCGAGUUGGUGGGCGAGCCUGCCUGCCGUUUUGCAGGCUAGCUCGCUAGUCAAGUAGCCGUCCAGCUGCCUUGGCGACGAGCUGAGUAACUAAUCUAAAGACAGCCAUCGAGGCAGCUCGCAGUUAUUUCGUUUUACGGUCGCCUUGUAUUGCGUAGCCAUGGCAACUCGGCGACUGACCGAUGCCUUCUUAUUAAUGCGGAACAAUGCAAUCCAAAACCGGCAGAUUUUGGCUGAGCAAGUGAGUACAUACGACCCCCGUCGUACUCUGAAUACACGUAGCAAUGCUGCGGAGUUUGAUGAGUUGGCCGAUGACCGUAUGGCUCUGGUGUCAGGCAUCAGUUUGGAUCCAGAGGCCGCUAUUGGUGUCACGAAGAGACUCCCGCCUAAAUGGGUGGAGGGAGUGGAUGAGAUUCAGUUUGAAAUCACACGUAUUCGUCAGAAGAUGAAGGAACUGGCCAGUCUGCACGACAAACACAUGAACCGGCCCACGCUGGAUGACAGCAGUGAGGAGGAGCACGCCAUCGAGAUCACUACACAGGAAAUUACACAGAUGUUUCACAGGUGCCAGCGGGCUGUGACGGGGCUCCAGACUCAGAGUCGUCAUUGUACAGAGCAAGAAAACAGGCUGUUGACUAAUGUGGUCUCCUCACUGGCCCAGAGCCUUCAAGAACUGUCAAUCAACUUCAGACACACACAGUCAAGCUACCUGAAACGGAUGAAAAACCGUGAAGAAAGAUCCAAGCACUUUUUUGACUCUGGUCCUCUUGUGGAGGAAGAUGAAGAUAUUGCGCUAUAUGACAGAGGAUUUACAGAUGACCAACUAGUGCUGGUUCAGCAAAACACAGUGGUGGUAGAAGAGCGAGAGAGAGAAAUUCGACAAAUUGUUCAGUCCAUCUCUGACCUUAAUGAGAUAUUUAGAGAUCUUGCUGGAAUGGUUGUUGAACAGGGCACAGUCCUCGACAGAAUCGACUUCAAUGUGGAGCAAGCUUGUGUCAAAACAGAGGAGGGUCUGCAGCAGUUGCAGAAGGCUGAACAGUACCAGAAGAAAAACCGCAAGAUGCUGGUCAUUUUAAUUCUCUUUGUCAUAGUUGUUGUUCUAAUACUUAUUCUGUUCGGGACAAAGUUUAGAUGAGUAAUUCCAUGGCCUCUAGGAGGGAUCUACCUGUAUGUAUGAGAGAAACUGAUGUGUGUGUGAAGGUUUAGAAGGUGCUUCCGUUUUCAAAUACUACACCACAAAGUGAAGAUAAGGAUGCCCCCUGCUGACCAACAAGUGCAGUGUGGGGAGACAUUUGUGUGUUUAUUUCUGUUGUGAGAGGCAGCAUUAGUACUCGGGUUCCUUUCAGAGGGCUAUUUUUCUUCAUUUUCCCGCACAAGCACAGUAAUUAGGAGUUUGGAUGUGAUAUGGCAGCAUGUUCAUCCCAACUGCCCUUGUCGUCUAAUUUAAAGAGUAAACAGGAAGAUGAUGGGAAAGAUUAGGAAUCCUCGGAAGAUGAUCAUAUAUGCUUGGGUGAAUUUCUUCAAAAUAAUGUCCAGGUCAUAUUUUUUUGCUAGUUUCCCUCUCAACUCUCAUUACUGUAAUGCAGAAUUAAAUUAUUUAAAUCAAAAGUACAGUUGCUGUAUUACAGUAUUUGUUUACUGUAUAAUAGUGGUACAAAUCUAAUGGGAAUCACCAUUGAGAAUAAUGGAAAGUAAAUUAGAAUACGUUAAAGUAAAUGAGACUUUAGGGGGGAAUGGGCAUGGUCAUGAAAAUAAUUUCAUGAUGCAUAUUCUUUAUAUAUAU